GAAAAUAUUUCAAAUCUUUUUGCAUAUUUUAAAAUCUUCAAUCAUCCUGAAAUCUUGGUCCUUCCUCCCAGAUAUUUCAACCAUUUUGAUCUUUAAUUUACCAAUUUGAUCACUGCGUGUAUAUUUAUAUGCGUAGUCCUUUGUUCUCUGUUCAAAUCUAAACUUGAAAUACAGGGAAUCCAUGGCAGACACGCGAAGCCCAAGCUUUUUGGUGGCUGGUGGCACCGGAAGCAAGCGCGGCACAGGCGCCGUCGACGAGAAGGAUGCUCAACCUGCGAUCUCCCUGAAAAAAUCCAACACCGGGGCGGCACCGCAGUGGAAUGGGGACCCGGCCGCCGCAUUAGCAAGCGCUCGCCAUGAAUUCGGAGAACAUGGUGGCGUGAACAUGUCCAUCGAGGCCUCCGCGACCUUCACCGUCAUGGAACCGGAGACCAUGCGCCGCAUGUUCGCCGGAGAGCUCGGUCCUGAUCGCGACUUCUUCAUCUACAGCCGUCACUUUAACCCCACCGUCUUAAACCUCGGACGUCUGAUGGCCGCCCUUGAAGGUACAGAGGCCGCCUACUGCACCGCCAGUGGCAUGUCGGCAAUCUCGUCGGUGCUGCUGCAGCUUUGCAGCUCCGGCGGGCACAUAGUGGCUUCCACGGCCCUGUACGGCGGAACCCACGCCCUGUUGACCCACUUCCUCCCCAGGGCCUGCAACAUCACCACCACAUUUGUGAACAUCGGUGAUGUUUCCGCCGUGAAGAAUGCCAUCGUGGAGGGCAAGACCAAGGUGUUGUACUUCGAGUCCAUAUCGAAUCCAACCUUGACGGUGGCAAACAUACCGGAGCUGAGCGGGGUGGCUCACGAGAAGGGGGUGAAAGUGGUGGUGGACAAUACAUUCGCCCCCAUGGUGCUUUCACCAGCUCGUCUUGGUGCCGACGUGGUGGUUCACAGUAUCACCAAGUUCAUCAGCGGUGGGGCCGACAUGAUCGCAGGAGCUGUAUGUGGACCGGCAUGGCUGGUGAAUUCCAUGAUGGAUCUGCACCAAGGGGCUCUCAUGCUUCUGGGUCCGACCAUGAACCCCAAGGUGGCUUUUGAGCUCUCUGAGAGAAUCCCCCACUUGGGUCUUCGAAUGAAGGAACACUGUGCCAGAGCUCUGGCCUUCGCCACCAGGCUGAAGAAGCUGGGCCUGAGGGUGAUCUACCCAGGAUUGGAAGAUCACCCGCAGCAUCAUCUUCUCAAGUCCAUGGCCAACAAGGAGUAUGGGUAUGGCGGACUUCUCUGCGUGGACAUGGAAACAGAGGAGAGGGCCAACCGCUUCAUGAACAUCCUCCAGAACCACGCGCAGUUCGGGUUCAUGGCCGUUAGCUUGGGCUACUACGAAACACUAAUGUCGUGUUCUGGAAGCAGCACGAGCAGUGAGAUGAGCCCGGAGGAAAAAGCCCUCGCCGGAAUCUCGCCGGGUCUGGUAAGGAUGUCGGUGGGAUAUGUCGGGACUUUGGAUCAAAAAUGGUCUCAGCUUGAAAAGGCUCUCUCUGUUCUCCAUGAGUAUGGCCUCCCCAUCAAGAAUUAACUCGUCUUCUUCUUCCUCCUCCUCCUCCUCCAUAUACCUCUGUAAGUAGAAACAUCGUUCUCUUUCUCCACAAUCACUGUAUUUUAAUCCCCUGCUGAACUUCAGUUGCGAACUCAUCAAGUUUACCCGUUGCCUCUAAACUCGUCAAGUUCUCUGAUUGCUUAUUGUGAUGCGGCUAUUAACCCCUUGAUUGAUUCAGAUAAAUGAUGCGAUGGAAGAAUUUGAAACACAACGCGUUGGAUUUCCCAUAGGAUUGAAUUUAUCUCUGUUCUGUUGUUAAAAGAACAGAGCACUAAUCCGACGAUCACAACGAACAAUAGGUCAUAUACAGAUUUUGAAACCAGAGGAGUGGCUCGCAAAUAUAGGGCAUUCAUAAAUAUCGAUCAUAUCAUCAUGGAACUUACAAAGCCACUAAACCUUGUUUUAAUAUUCAUUUAAUAAACGGUUUUCAUGAAGUCUCUGUA